AUGGCAUCUAUUGACACCUCAUCACUCACCAAUCUGCGCGGGCAGUAUGACUAUAUCAUUGUCGGAGGCGGUACAUCUGGGCUGGUGGUAGCUAGUCGGUUAACCGAAGACCCCGUCGUCAGUGUGCUCGUGCUCGAGGCAGGUAGCAAUCGCAUCCAUGAUCCACGGAUUGCAGCUCCUGGCCUUGCAGCAAGUACCUUUUCUGAUCCGGAAUUCGACUGGUGCUUCACCAGUCUGCCGCAGGAACAUCUCAAUGGACGAUGCCUCGCAGAGCCUCGGGGCCGAACACUAGGGGGUUCUUCGGCCAUAAACUUAGGCAUGGUGAUCUAUCCCAGUCGAACCGAUCUCAACUCGUGGGAAGACCUAGGCAACGAAGGAUGGAACUGGAACAACCUUUCGCAUUAUUUGAGAAAGUCGCAGACUUUUACGCCCCCAUCUGCGGAAGUUAGAGAGCAGCUUUCUUUGCAAUAUAUUGACCCAGCUAUUCAAGGCGACUCCGGUCCUCUUCAGGUUUCAUUCGGCGAUGGACCAUUCCCGCCUUUCAAUGCCGCUUGGCCUAAAGUGUUUGAGAACCUCAAUCAUCGCAUCACUGGUGAUCCCAUGUCGGGUGUGGCGAAGGGAGCCUUCUGCAACCCUGGAAGUAUUCACCCCACUGCUAGGACGCGAAGCCAUGCUGCUGUGGCAUAUUAUAAUCUUGAAGUUGAGAAGCGGACUAACUUGCGAGUCAUCACGGAAGCCCUCGUUGAAAAGGUCGUUCUUGAAUCAGAUGGAAAAAAUGACGCUAUUGCCACUGGAGUUCAGUUCGUCGGCAAAGAUGGAGUGCAGAAGACCGUCGCCACGAAGCACGAAGUCAUUUUGGCCGCGGGCGCGCUGAAGACACCACAUGUCUUAGAGCUUUCCGGAAUCGGAGAGAGAACCCUUCUUGAAAAGCACGGCAUUGAGGUUAUUGUGGAAAAUUCGAAUGUCGGCGAGAACCUCCAAGAACACGGCUUUGUCCCAUUCAGUUGGGAGGCGGCAGAUGGCCAAGUCACCGCUGAGGCACUCCGGGACCCCGAGAUUGCCAAGAUGGCCAUGGAAGCAUGGCAACAAUGUGGUGCAGGACCCCUCGGGCUAUGCUCGAUUCACUCGGCAUAUAUGACUCUUCCGGAGCUGCAGGAUGGUGAGUUGCAGACCCUGGUGGAUGAGCAUCUCAGUGACGAGACUUUAUCACCGGGUCUUGCCGCACAGUAUGAGGUACUUCGCCGCCUUCUGGAAGAUCCAGAUGAGCCUUCUGGCCAGUACACUCUGGCUCCAUUCCAGGCCUUGCCGGAGAAAGGCCCCAGCAUGCAGGGAAUCUUUGGAAUGACCGAGCCGGAGAAUUUCCUGAGCAUCGUCUCCGUUCUGAACCGCCCAUUCUCUCGUGGCAACGUGCAUCUCGACUGCGCCGAUCCGAAAGCAAACCCGAUAUUUGAUCCGCGCUUCUUCUCCCAUCCGCUGGAUAUGGAGCUGCAUGCUCGCCACGUUCGGUGGUUAGAAACUCUGGCUUGGACUGAGCCAAUGGCAUCUCUCCUUAAGCCAGACGGUCGGCGUUUGCAGAAAUCCUCAAAGGACACUACUCUGAGCGAGGCUCGUGAGUUAUUCCGUGAGCGCUUCCUGACUCAUUAUCAUGUUGCCGGUUCCACUGCUAUGAUGCCGCGCGAGAAGGGAGGUGUGGUGGAUUUCAAGUUGAAGGUCUAUGGCACGGUUAACCUUCGCGUUGUUGAUGCUGGUAUCUUUCCCCUUAUUCCACGUGGGAAUAUCCAGACGACUGUGUUCGCGGUCGCAGAGAAAGCUGCUGAUAUUAUUGUCAAUGAGAGGGCCUAUGUAUCAAUGCUUUGA